AAAACAUUCAUCAUGAAAAUCAAGGUACUUGCACGCUCGCUCGAUAAUCAUCAACCCCAGUCUCAUGGCGCUCCGGCUCCAAUUCAUAAAAACCUCGAUCCUUCUCUUCACCCUCAUGCACGUUCAAGAGAAUACACACGAGCUGUGACAGCUUCGAAAUUGAAUAGGAUGUUUGCCAAACCAUUUAUCGGUCAAUUAGAUGGACAUCGAGAUGGGAUUUACGUUAUGGGAAAAGAUCCACUCAAGUUAACUCAAGUUGUUUCAGGAGCUGCUGAUGGUGAAGUUAGAGUUUGGGAUCUCGGAACAAGAGCUUGUACAAUUAGUCUUACUGAAGCACAUCGUGGAAGGGUGACUGGUGUGACAUUCCUACCUGCUAAAUUCCAAGGCGAGGAGGCUGAGUCAAGGACUAGUAGACUAGGUAGUAGGAAGGUCUUGACAUGUGGGAUUGAUAAGGUUGUGAAGAUGUGGGAUUUAGGUCCAAGGAAUGACCCAGGUGCUGACCGGCUGGUGAAUACCUAUCAAGGAAAACAUGGGUUUAACGAUAUUGAUCAUCAUCAUACUGAGCCAGUCUUUGUGACGGCCAGUGACAAGCUACAUAUUUGGGAUGUGACCAAGUCUUCUCCCAUAUCCGACCUUUCUUGGAAUUCCGCUCGUUCCGGUGCCAAUCACUGUGUCACAUUCUCACCCUCAGAGCACAAUGUCUUAGCUUCUGCAGGAUCAUCAUCAGACCGAUCCAUAUGCCUCUAUGACAUGCGCUCCAACAAGGCGCUUGGCCGAUUGAUCAUGCAGAUGCGAAUGAAUUGUUUGCGAUUCAAUCCUCAACAGCCUUCCGUGUUACUUGCAGCUGGGGAAGACCAUCAGCUUUACACAUUCGACAUCCGGUAUAUGAAAUCUGCUACUCAAGUUUUCAAAGACCAUGUAGGACCCGUGAUGUCCUGUGACUGGUCACCUACCGGCCAAGGAUUUAUCUCAGGCUCUUAUGAUCGUACAUUGCGCAUUUGGUCAACUUCUGAUACGACUUUCCAUCGCAAAGGAAGAUCAAUCGACGUUUAUCAUACCAAACGAAUGCAACGUGUCUUUUCGUCCAUUUUCACUCUCGAUGGUAAAUUUUCCCUUACUGGUAGUGAUGAUGGAUCUAUUCGAAUAUGGAAAUCGACUGCAGCUGAGGGUCUUGGUGUGAAGAGUGGACGAGAGAUGGCAAGUAAAGAAUAUAGAGACGAACUUCGACAGAAGUGGAACGCAGUUGAAGGAGUAGGAAAAUUAGAAAGACAAAGAUACCUUCCAAAACCUAUUUAUCAUGCACAAAAAUUACGAACAGAGAUGUUGGAAGCCAGAGCAAAGAAAGAAGACAAUCGAAAUGCACAUCGAAAGCGAAAAAGAGAAGGAGAAAGUACAGAAAAACCAAAGAAAGAAAGACAAAAAGGUUUACUUGCUCUUCAAUCUUGA